AUUCUUUUUGGAAGUUGCUAGUAUUGUUGUUCACUGUUUGUAUCAACAAAAGCUUGACUUUCUCCUCCAAAACCUAUUUUACAUUAGUACCAGUUCUAAUGAAAAGUGGUCACAAUCUGGCAAACCAUCUAACAUGGAGUAAAGUAUCUUAAGACAGCGACGUCAUUGAAACUGGAUUUUCUUCUUUGUCAUGAGCAGACAAGUCCUCUGUUUCCCAUCACAUGCUUUAUUAUUCUCAAGCCAUCAUCAGACGAGAGGGAGAAUCAGCAGGGAGUGACAAGAAGAUGCUGAAGAAACUGCUGCCAAAGACUAAGAGCAAGAAGAAGAAGGAGGCUGCCUCCUCUGCCAUACCCACGUUGGAUCGGCUCCAUGAGACCCUAGAAAUGCUGGAGAAGAAAGAGCGUUUCCUCCAGAAGAAAUGUUCUGCAGAAAUCGAAAAGGCUAAGGAUUAUACAAAAUCGAAGAACAAGAAUGCUGCAAUUCAGUGUCUAAAGAAAAAGAAACUGUACGAGACACAAAUCGAGCAGCUAUCGAAUUUUCAGUUGCGAGUUCAUGACCAGAUUAUAAUGCUUGAAAGCGCCAAGGCAACUACCGACACUGUUGAUGCUUUGCGCUCCGGAUCAUCUGCUGUGAAAGCUAUUCAACAAUCAGUGAGCAUCGACGACAUCGAGAGCGCCAUUGAAGAGGCGAACGAGCAGACGGAGAACAUGCGGGAGAUACAGCAGGCGCUCGCGACCCCAGUUGGCGCUUCUGCUGACUUCGACGAGGACGAGCUGGAAGCGGAACUGGAAGAGCUGGAGGAGGAGGAGGAGAUGGAGGAGGAGCUGCCUGAGCCGCCGGCGAGGCAGUCGGCGCCCACAGAGCAGUUGGUGAAAGCGGCGUCCGCUCCUAAACAGGGCAGUGAUCUUAGCGAGCUGACCAGACUUCAGGCAGAGAUGGCGCUCUAGCUGUAGGCAUAGACUGAUGACAACAUCUGUAAAUUCACCGACGGUACAGAUGUUUUUUUGCUGUAAAAUCACGUUGUUUGAGCUGGCUGAAGGAUUUUUUUCUUGUUGUUUAAUACGUAUGUUUUAUUUUGGCCUUGCCUUGA